AUGUCUUCGAAUCCACAAUCUGCUCUCUCGGCCAAAGCAUCGAAUCCCUCCAAAUCCAUUGGCCCCUCGAACCAAUCGACACCUUCUUAUUCCUUGACGAACGCCUACUUUGGAGAAACACUCGGUCAACGUCGAAGUGGCGGCUCAGGCAGCUCCAACGCCGCUAGUUCGAAGCCCUCGUCGACCCCGCGCAGCAACCAGAGUGCCAAAGCAAAGCACAAGCAAUCGAAGAAGUUUAGACUCGCGGAUGAGGAUGCUCUUGCUGAAUCCGCAGCCAUGCACUCUUUCAGCAGCCGUAAGGGUCAGACCAACAUCACCCAUCUGAUGAGCUUCUCCCUUCCGCCACGCCCCCAGGCACACCAGCACAGCUCUAGAUAUGCAUCCGGUCGUCCUCGACGUAACCCCACUUGGGGCCUUGGUUCUGGCUAUCAUGCUGUAGACAAGGCAAGAUAUGUGCACGCCAAUUAUCGUUUUAUCGUUGAUCCCAGAGCCGACUAUCGCCCACAAGGCGUCGAUGCCGAUGUCCAUAUCGACUGGAACAACGUCUUGCAGAUUCUCGUUUCGACAGAGUCCCAGUCUUCCGCUUGUCCCAUUUGUUUGGGUACUCCCACCGCCCCCAGAAUGGCCAAAUGUGGCCAUAUCUUCUGCCUGCCUUGUUUAAUCCGCUACAUGCAUGCGGAUGACGGCACUGCCUCUGCGGUGGAGAAGAAGGCGCGCUGGAAGAAAUGUCCAAUCUGCUACGACUCCAUCUAUGUUUCUGAGACAAGACCGGUCCGAUGGUACACAGGUGCCGAGUUCGAGCCGCCUAGAGAGGGAGACGAUGUCGUACUACGGUUGAUACAGCGUCCUGCCGGAUCCACCCUUGCGAUGCCCAGAGAAAGCCCCGACGCUCUUGGAAAAGGAGACCACAUCCCCUGGUACUUUGCGGCCGAAGUCAUGGACUAUGCCCGAGUUAUGAAGGGCGGCGAGGAUUACAUGCUUGCUCAACUGGACGAAGAAAUUCAGAACGUAAGAGCUAUGGAGCAAGAAGACGAAGUCAUGUUUGGAGAUGACACACAGUGGACCAGCAAGGCCGUACGCAAUCUCACCGAAGCUAAGGAGAGAAUUAAGGGCAUCGGAAACCCACCAGCGGCACCCAAAAAGCCCGAGGAACCUGAACACAAGAAGCCGACUAUUCAGUUUAACCAAAGCGACGAGGUAGUACCGGAAAUGUACGGCAUUCAGCAGGCAUACAAAUCUGGUCAAAGUCUGCCAAAUGGACAGGCGGGUCAAACAGAGUCGCCGACUUCUGAACAGGACACUACGACUAAGAAAGAAGAUCGAACCAGCAGCAUUCUUUCGACGUCUUUGGCCGAGUUCCAUGCUCGACAACAUGCGGAGCGUCAGCCUGAUACUUACUUCUUCUACCAAGGCCUCUUACACUACUACCUAUCCUCCUUGGACAUUCGCAUCCUGAAGGCUGCCUUCGGAAACUACGACAACUUCCCUUCGUCGAUACUUCCUCGUGUCGAACGUGUUUCUACUGGACACAUUGUCGAUGAUGACCUACGCAAACGCGUCAAGUAUCUAGGACAUCUGCCAUACGGCUGUGAGGUCACUUUCCUGGAAUGUGACUGGACCGACACGGUGCCACCAGCGAUUCUUGAGCAGUUCCAAGGCGAGAUCGAGAGACGACGCAAACGAAACACCGACAAGGAGGCACGGGAGGAAAAGGAACGUGUUCGUGCAGAGAAGGCUGAAGAUCGAGAGUUCGCAGCCGCUCGACGACGACGGGUCAGCAUACCUAGCGAAAGUAAGUUCAGACCGGACGACUUCAUUCCAUUGGGUGCAAACGGAUCCGAUGCAGCAGGCUCUUUCGACGGACAAGGAUCUUCUUCUUCCCCGCCAUGGAGCAACAGUCACCGACCACAAGGAUCCGCCUAUGCCUCUCUUGCAUCACCCGGGACCAGCCCAGCUACUUCAAGGACAGUGUGGGGUACUACGGCCAUCGCGUUGAGCAGCCCCGAACUUGCCGCCCUUCAGAAUGGAAACAUGGAUGAUGGCUGGCUCGAUGGGUGGGAGAGAGAAUUGACGCAGGAAGAUGACCUCAUUGCUCAAGUACAGGCGGCUAGUCUGGAAGAAGGACCAUCUUCUUCCAGCAAAGCCACAAGUGCCGCGAAAGGCAAGAAGAAGGGAAAGAAGAUCACGCUAAUGAGCACGAACGCCAGACGUGGUGCUUGA